GAGCUGGAGGAGAUCGAGGACCGCCUGCGGGAGGAGAGCCAUGAGCUGGUGGCGAUGGUGUCCCGCCUCCAGGACGAGAACAGGAAACUCUCCACGUCGCUCGCCAAAAUCCGAAGGGAACAGUCAUCCAAACUCCACGUUCCAGGUUCGACACCUGAGGUUGACCUCAAAGUGGUGACACGGCUGCAGGAGGUCAUCGAGGCGCAGCGGGAACAGAUGCACAAGACAGAGAAGGAAUGCCAUUUAAAAGCAACAGAGCUGGACAACCUGAAGUCGCAGCUGGAAAAGGUUAACCAUGUGAACAGAGAACUGCGGCGCCGCCAGAGGACCUACGGCAGCCAGAUGCGGUCCCUGAUCGACGAGCGCGCCGAGCUGCAGGCGGCGCUGCAGGAGGAAACGCGUGCUGUCAACGUGCUUCGGCAGCGACUGGGGCUUGCGCAGAAGGAGAACGAGGACCUGGCCAGCUCCAGUAGUGAUAGCCUGGACUUGACCAACAAGUUGGUAUUUGACCGGGAUGACCCCAACCGACCUCGUUUCACAAUGACUGAGCUUAAAGAGAUUCUCUACGAGCGCAAUGAACUGAACAAAUGUGUGUCUGAUCUCGAAGAUGAAUUGGAAAUGUACAGGCCCAAGGAAGAGCGACAAGAUGCUGCAGAGGAAGAGGAUCCACCAGUACAAGGUCCCAUGCCCUAUGAACCUGAUGAUGCCCCAUGGAGGAAAGGAGAAUCUGGUAUUAGGAAGUUCUUUGGGUACUUGAAUUCAGUAAGAGAGCGCUUGAUAAGUGGUGUAGAAGAGAAGCUUCUGGGCGAAGUGCAGGAAGGAAAGAUCAGCUCCUGAAGCUGGGCUUCCGUCGGCUCUUUGGUGAUGACGAGACCGGCUCAGGAUCCAGUCCCAAGAAGAGCUUGCUUAACCUUAGCCGCCCCUGAGGACUCAGUAGGGCCUUGUGCAGCUGGACUAACCUCUGGGCCCGAGCAGAUGAUCA